UAUUAAAUCGUAACUUCAGUCUAGUCACCUGCUAUCUGUCCAAGACCAUCUACCCCUUCCUAUCUUGUUAACCUUCUCUUCCUGUCUAUUCAUCUAUCCUCCUCUAUCCUUCUCCACUACUACACAUCGUGCUUUUAGCUGAAGAUCAACAGAUUAUUAGUUUUCGUAAUUGGAAAAAUAUUGACUUCUCAGAUACGUUGUUGCAACAUGUGUUUCGUGUGAAAAUUUAGGACUGUUUCCAACAGCAACGAAAAUUGGUUUAUCUUGGACAAAGUGACAACACGGACAUAGAAAGUACAGGAAGUGAACAUUAUUUAACUUCGAUAUUAGAAAAUGAGCCAUUGAGGUCGUCUGCCCAAUCGGUUUAUGCAGUAAAAUUAAUCUUAUUACAACGUCACAAUGGGGUCUGUUAUGAGGCCAGCCUGGAUAGAUAUCCAAAAGAUGGAUAUCAAAGCAGUAAGAGUCAUGGGUGUAGUCGUGUUGUGGAGGAUCUUCGCCUUUAUCGUUCUGUUAGCGGUGUUAAGUACUAUCUACAUCCAACCUAGAGACCUUCGUCGAGGGAGCGUCAUCAGGGCCGCGCAAAGGCCAGCCAAGAGAAUACUGAUCUGGAAUGUUUACUACGACAAGAGAGCGGAGGAAUGGGAGAGAGUAUUCCAAAGACUUCUUAACCGCGAGUGCCCCGUGAGUGACUGUGACAUCGUCUACGACCACAGGUUCCUUGAUACAGCUGACGCCGUCCUUCUGAAGAGGGUGCAGGAUGAUGUGCUCCCUGACCAUCACCCUGAGGGCCAAGUGUGGGUCUUCUUCUCCCUCGAAGCCCUGCAACACUACGACUGGAGGAUCCCAGAUGAAGCCAAACACAUUUACAACUGGACGAUGACGUAUCAUUCCUUCUCGGAUGUUGUUGUUCCCUAUGGACGCACUAUCCUCCUCCCUCCCCACGCCCAAAACCUCUCUUUAUCUUCAGAUAAAAGGAAUUAUUGGCAAGAGAAAAAUAAGGACGGGGUGCUAGUGGCGUGGAUGGUCAGUCACUGCCACACCGCCUCCAACAGGGAAGGGUAUGUCGAUAACCUUCAGAGGUUCAUGGAAGUUGACAUAUAUGGGAAGUGUGGCCCCAAAAGCUGCGCCGACCGUUUCACGCUAAGUCGCCUCACGCCCAACCACGAGGAGUGUUUUCGAAUCAUGGGAUCUUACAUGUUCUAUCUAGCUUUCGAAAAUGCUAUCAGUACGGACUACGUCACCGAGAAAUUAUUCAAGACGCUACACCUCGACGUCAUUCCUGUGGUGUUCGGAGGCGCCGACUACGCCUCCAUAGCGCCUCCGAAUUCGUACAUUAACGCCUUGGACUUCCUGUCUCCUAUUGACCUAGCUGAGUACCUGAAGACGGUCGCUAGUAAUGAGACUCUUUAUAAUAGUUACUUUCGCUGGAAGGGGAAAUAUAAGGUCGAGCUGGGUCAUCCUGUGAGGCCGCUGGUGUGUGACCUCUGCGCCAAGCUCCACGGUGAGCCUGUUGUCAGCGCCCCUAAGCCGUGGAGGAGCAAGUGCACCGCCAGUAACCAAGAGGGAGCGAAAGAUCUUGAGGGAACGUACAGUAACAUCGAAGGGACAUACAGGGCAGUUGACAACCUGCGCGCCUGGGAUGCUCAAACCUUCACCUUGAGAAAAGUUUAUCUCUAAAUAAAACUAAUUAAAACUUUUUUCUUCUCCUUCAUUUGUAUGUUUGUGAAUUCAUUUCGUUAUUUGGUUAUGUGUUUUGUUUAAUUAUCAAUUUUUUUUUUUAUUUUUUUGUUUAUGUAUUUGUUUACCUUUUGUUUAUGUAUGUAUGUUUUUGCUUAACUGUAUUUAAGGUUGUUAUUAUACUUAUAGUCUAUUUAUAUUGGAUUACUUGCAUUGCUGGUUAAAUUAAUAGAUUAUCUUUUAUUAAUAUGAGUGAUUACAAUUAUCUAUUUAUUUUAUUUUCCGUUGUCCGAUUAAAUUCACGUCACGUUU